GAUUUGUUUUCCAGCUGCAGAAUUCGGAUCGAUUCAAUGGCAGCGCCUAAGAGCUACUUCACGCGAGCAAACUACAGAUUUCUCCGCACCGAUCGGGAAACAACUAACAACUCCAUGAUCUUCGAGCUCGACGAAUCGGAGAUUUGGAACUCCGACGGCUACUUGCAGUCGCCGGAAUUUCGCAAGCAGAGUUCCAAAUUAUCCAGGGGAUCGGCGACCGGGUCUGCUUCCUUGCCGGUUAACAUUCCGGACUGGUCGAAGAUCCUGAAGUGAGUCAGAGACAACCGCCGGAGAGACGGCGACGACGACGAAUUUGACGAGGCGGCGGAGAACGGCGAUCGUGUUCUGCCGCACGAGUUUGUAGCGAGGAGUAGAAUCGGGCUCAAGGGCAGAGACCUCAACAGGGUUAGAAACGCGAUUUGGCUUAAAAUCGGGUUUCAGGAUUAAUUCAUUUCUAAUUAUUUUUCAUCUAUCCCAUUAGUUAGCAGCUAUUUUUUGUGCUGCUCUCUAAUCAGUUUCCCUUUUUUUUGUAUUUUCUUCUUUUAAAUUCAGGGAAUGCUUUUCUAUAUGAAAAGCACCUUGAGCAAUCCGUAAUCAGGACUUUGUGUUGAUUUCCAUAUCGGAUUUACCAAAUUUUG